CAAAUGCCAAUGCCUGUAUUGCCUGUGGCAUUUUUUUAUCAGCAUAAGUGUAAGUGUACUUUUCUCAAACCUUUUUUAGUGUAACUUAUAGUCUAAAUUGCUCUCAAAUUCUUGACGGAAGCAUUUAUUGGUGGUUUUGUAAACGUCAUUUUAUACAUUAUCUUCGUUGUUAUUAUUAGUCCUUUUGCAACUACUUCAAAGGCAGCAUGAUUAAGCAAGAAGCUCGUAAUAUCCUUCAAAGUGGUUAUUUCCAUCCUGUUCUUCGAAAAUGGCACACUUCGAGUACUUCCAUUUCUGCGGACAAUUUGAUGUAUCCCAUUUUUAUCACAGAUGCAAAAGAUGCUGUGGAACCAAUCAAAAACAUGCCAGGGGUCUACCGUUAUGGAGUCAAUCAACUCAAAUCUAUAUUAAGUCCACUUGUUAAACAAGGUUUGAAGUCGGUUCUUCUGUUUGGAGUCAUAACAGACCUCGAAAAGGAUAAAACUGGCUCCUCAGCAGACUCAACGGCCAAUCCUGUGGUACAAGCAAUUCCAAAUCUUAGAAAAUGGUUCCCAGAUCUUGUCAUUGCAUGUGAUGUGUGUUUGUGUGCUUAUACGGACCAUGGUCACUGUGGCAUAUUAUACGAUGAUGGAUCAAUCAAUAACAUGGAUUCAAUAAGAAGAAUUGGAGAAAUUGCAUACAGUUAUGGAACUGCUGGCGCUCACAUCGUAGCACCGUCAUGCAUGAUGGAUGGUAUGAUUGCAGCCAUAAAAUCGUCAUUAGGUUACCUAGUGCACAGUGUUAGCGUUCUAUCUUACUCCGCCAAAUUUUUCUCUUCAUUCUAUGGUCCUUUCAGAGAGGCUGCCAAGUCUGCCCCAGCUUUUGGAGAUCGGAAAUGCUACCAACUUCCUGGUGGCAGCAGUGGUUUGGCACAAAGAGCAGCCGAGAGGGAUGUCAGAGAGGGUGCAGACAUGUUAAUGGUGAAACCUGGACUAGCAUAUUUGGAUAUUGUCAAACAGAUAAAAAGUAGUCAUCCUGAAUAUCCCAUGUUCAUUUAUCAGGUCUCUGGAGAGUACUCAAUGUUGUAUCUAGCAGCUGAAAACGGUAUAAUGGAUCUGAAGGCUGGAGUGACAGAAGUUUUACAGUCCAUGAGACGCGCAGGUGCUGAUGUCAUCAUAACAUACUUCACACCGAAAAUUCUCGAAUGGCUAGCAGAAGGAGAUCUAUCCUAGAGAAAGCCUUAAUUCUACUCCCUUGUUUAUUGUUUUGUUUCAUUUAAAAGUUUUACAAUAUUCCAAUGUAAAAGACAAUGUUUUCCAUUGUAAAAGACAAUUUAAUUAGGUAGUCCCUCUUCCAAAAAUUAAGUCAAUGACCGGUUAUUAAAUUUUUAGUGCCAAAAAUGUUUGCCCUCCAAAUGGGCUCUUCUUGUGAUUAUAUUUAUGUAAUUUUCAAAUGUUGGAUCGCCUUUAAGAUACAUGCAACACUGCAAAUGAAAUAUGUGCACAUUUAGGUUAAUGCAUACCAGAAUGUGUAAUUCAAUAUUGCUCACAUUGGCGAGUGAAAAAUUACUGUCCCUGCAUUGUUGUUGGGACAACGACUGAAAGAUAUCAAAAAAAUAUCAUUCCUUUGACCAAGUCUAUGUAUUUAAUUUGCUUCUUUUGAAUGCAAUGAAGAUAAGGUCUGUGUCUGAGAUAAAAUGUAGGUAAAAUACAAUUGUUAUAUUUUUGCGUUCCCUCCUCUUAUGCUGAAAGAGGGUUUUUUUUUAAUUCUCUUAAAAGAGAUGAAAAAUAUAGGAAACCAUGAAAAAACCAUAUGAAAUUUGAUAUUGCAUUUGAUUCUUGAUUUAUGUGUAAUAUUUAUUUUUUUAGACUCCUCUUACUUUAAUUUCUCUCACAAGGGGAAGUCAUGUAGUGUCCCACCUAGAUUUUAGUCUGACUAUUGCUAAAAGUUCCUACAUAUAAAAAUAUUGGACCCCUAUUUUGCCGUUUUUGCUAAUAGGACCAUGAAGUUCAAAAAAUAAUUAAAGAUUGGCAAAUUGAAUUGCUUGCUGAAGUGAAAACAUUAUGCUUCUAGCGAUGUCAUAGUAACCCAAGGCAGUGCACUUCAGUCAAGAGGUCAGUACUUUAAUUCCCCGUAUUUUAAUAUAAUUUUUUUUGUUCCUGUAUUAGUUUUGUUUGUUUUGUUUUGUUUUUUUUUCUUUCCACUCUCUUUGCUGUUAAUUCAGUCAGAAUAAAUCCAAAAAAAUAUUCUCUGGAAUGAAUAGAAAUUAUGAGACUUCGCUUGAAAUAGCCGUGCACACCUCUCAGCUCGGGCGCAAUGCCCUAAGCUAAAAGGCUAUUAAAGCCCUGAAAUGUGAGAAGCAUUAUUUUGUCACUUUAAUAAGAGACCCUCGUGCCCAACUUUUUGGGGAAAUAACUUGUUUUGAACAUUCAAGUCUCAUUCUCGAAAACAUCAAAACAGAGGUCCAAUAAUUUUGUGUGACAAAACUUCUAGUAUGAAGACCUCCUUUUAUCAGCUUUUCUAUUGAUUCAGUACAAGUAAGUCCCAGAAUGUAGGCGCAAACGCAAUCAACCUUUUUCAGUAAAAAAUCAGAGUUUCCUGAGAGUUCUGUCAUAUGGAGGGAAAACGCUGUAAGAACAUCAUAAUGCUGUCUUUUCCUGAGAAAUUAUCUGUUUUUGAGAAACAGUAAGAACAUUUACCUCCAAAAUUUACAAGUAUGCCUCUUUCAAUGGGAAUAUAAGCUUAGUAAAAUUCAGAAAAAUACAGUCAUAAGUCACAAAAUUGAAAGAAACGAAAACAAGAUUUGGAACUAAUGGAAAAAACAAAAUAUGAAAAAAUCAAACUUAAUUCUUUCAGCUCAAGUGUUUUCAUUUUCCUGCUCUCUUUUCUCUCUUAGUCUUGUGUUCUUUAGAAAAUUAAGAUCAAGAGGAUUUAUUUAUAAAGUUCUUAAUUUUAUCAAGAGGUUUUAUGGCAAGUUCCAAAAGUUCAAUGGUGUUUUUCGUUAGCUCAACAGAGCUCAGAAUUGAAUUGAUGUGAUUCAUGUGAUUUAUCAAACGGCAGUUUGACCACAUAUAGUUCCUUGAAUGAGACUUCUCCGAAAAGUAAGGAUAUCAAUAUCAUGAGCACAGAUCAUCAUACUUUUUUUCAAUAAUUUUCUCUUGUAUCAGAGAACAUGAAACAGCCAGCUGUAAAUUAUCUAUUUGCAAUUUAAAUAAUGUUUUAGUAGAAUUAAAUUUUAAAACCCCAUAUUGAUUCAUAAAAAAAAGGAGAGAGGUCUCAAUCAUGGAACCUUUUGUUAUUGUUCAGGAGUUAUUAAUAUUAUUAUUAUUUGGUUUAUUUUUGUUCAUUCAUUUCCCUGAUUGCCUCUCAACUUACCCCGUAGUUUUUCUGUUAUCAUUGUUAGGUAUUGAGAAUAGGGAUUGUGGUGCAGAAGUAGACUUUAAGAGGGAACUUUCUCCCAGGGAGAAUUUUGCUCCGUUGAUUUAGCUGUGUUCAUUGCAUUUCUCAAAGUUUAAAGUCUCCAUUUGAGACAUUGUUUUUGUAUGUGUUUUCUAAAAUAAAGGUUUUGACUACAUACUCUUUUA